CAAAAAGUAUUUCCUUAAAAAAGGAAAACAAAAAAGAAAAGUAAAAAAGACUCCCCAAAUUUCUGUGUUUAUUCUAUUGCAUAUUUCUGUAAAAAUGGAUGCAAUACGAAAACAAGCUUCCAAGCUUAGAGAACAAGUUGCUAGACAGCAACAGGCUGUUCUCAAACAAUUUGGUGGACUCGGCGGUUCUGAAGAUAUUGUAGCAAAUGAAGUAGAAAUACGGCAGCAACAAAAGCUUGAAAAGCUUUACAUAUCUACACGUUCUGCUAAGCACUUUCAACGGGACAUUGUGCGUGGUGUGGAGGGUUUUAUUGUAACUGGGUCCAAGCAAGUAGAAAUUGGUACCAAACUUUCUGAAGACAGCAGGAAAUAUGGUGCUGAGAACACGUGCACCAAUGGUAAUGCAUUAUCCAGAGCAGCUAUGAGUUAUAGUAGUGCUCGAAUGGAUAUUGAAAGGGAACGAGAAAAUCUGUUGAAAACUUUUGGCACACAGGUUGCAGAGCCUUUGAGAGCUAUGGUAGUGGGAGCUCCUUUGGAGGAUGCUCGACGUCAUGCUCAAAGAUAUGACAGAGUCAGACAAGAAGCUGAAACUCAGGUGAUUGAAGUUGCAAGACGACAAGCAAAAGUUAAAGAAUCUAAUGGGAAUCCCGAAAAUUUGUCAAAAUUUGAAGCUGCCCAAGCCAGACUCCAAGAGCUAAAGUCAAGUAUGACUAUAUUGGGUAAAGAAGCUGUUGCUACCAUGUCAGCCGUGGAAGCUCAACAACAGCGGUUAACACUUCAGCGACUUAUAACCAUGGUUGAAGCAGAGAAAAAUCAUUAUAAAAAAGUUCUGCAUAUACUUGAUCGACUUGAGGGCGAGAUGCUGCAAGAGCGUCAACGGAUUGAAGCUACACCUGCUGCAGUUUCAGCCAUGAGUUCUCCACCUCAUGAUGAAUCCAAUGGUGUAUUUGCUUCUCAAAGAACUGAUGACGCUGCAGAGAAUAUGGACUACUAUCUAGGAGAGGUUAUACAUCCAUAUCAGGCUGAAUCUGAUGCUGAGUUGAGCUUAACAAUUGGUGACUAUGUCGUUGUUCGAAAGGUUUCAAGCAAUGGUUGGGCAGAAGGUGAAUGCGAAGGUAAAGCUGGCUGGUUCCCUUUGGAGUAUGUAGAACGGCGAGACCGUAUUCUUUGUAACAAGACGGAAGAAGUUCAAUAUUAGCUAACCUACUGUUUUAGUUUAGCAUGAAUAUGAAAUAUGAAUAUUUCUGGUUCUUUGUCACUUUCAGGUUAUUAGGUUCCCCUGCUCAGUAUUCAGUCUCUUCUAUGCUAUUUUGAAAAGGAAUAAUUGGUAUUGCUAAUAGUAUUAGGGCUAACGACUAUUUAUAA